AUGACCCCGAUCAUCUCAGACGUCGUUGUUCACAUGCGCACGGAUCGCUCCGUGACGCAGAUGAUGCUCGAGAACCCGUGCAAUGCCGACCCAUCCAACAUUGUCUGCGAGGACACAUUGACGAGCAAAACGGCCACCUACGGCAGUAUUCGAGCAGACGCGUUUGCAGCUGCCCAUGCUCUGCGGCACCAGCAUGGUUUGGUAGCCGGUGACACUGUGACCCUAAUGGGCCGCAGCCAGGUUGACUACGUUUUGGCCGCGCACGCCGUUUGGGCCGCCGGCUGCGUUGUGAGCACCGUCAACCACUCCUCAGCGCCCAAAGAGAUUGUACACGCCCUACAAAUUAUCAAGCCACGUCUGUUGAUUGUCGACGUGGCCGUGUUGGACAAGGUGUGGCGUGCACUUGCGGGACUCGACGUAAGCCCCGCGGUUAUGACCCUGGUCGAGCGCAUCCCAGACACGCCACUCUUCCCCUAUGACCUGCUAGCGAACGAGCGCAUCGAUCCCUCAGCCUAUGUUCUCGACGGCCGCGACGCACGCACUGUCUGUGCAGCCGUCGUGCUGUCGAGCGGCACAACGGGCCUGCCCAAGGCGGUUAUGCUGUCGCACCACAACCUGGUCUGCAUUUCCGAGAUGCUGCGGGCGCACAACCCCGACAACUGGCGGGGGAACCAACGAGAAAUUUUCUUUCCGCCACUCUCCCACAUCUACGGCCUGUAUCUCAUGCACGAGAAGCGGGCAACCCUGGCGCGUCUGGUGCCACCGGUCGCUCUGGCCCUCGCACAAUCGCCUGUUAUUCUAAACUAUGCGUACCCCGACCUCGAAUAUUUUUCGUGUUCAGCGGCGCCACUGUCGCCUGCCGUGGCCAACCUUCUGCGCCGCCAGUUCCCCGGCGUGGGCCUGUGUCAGACCUAUGGAUGCACCGAGCUAGCGUCAUGUGUCGCCCAGAGCGGCGUGCGUGACCGCCACAAAGCACCACUCAUUGCGGCGGGCACGCUGCUGGCAAAUAUGCACGUCCGCUUUGUCAACGAGCAGGGGCAGGACGUUGUGCCACCCGUGCCAGGUGAGAUUUGCGUGUCGUCGCCCACAAUCAUGAUGGGUUACAAGGACGACCCAGCCGCAACGGCUGCGGCGAUGUUAGAGCCCGGGUGGUUUCGUACGGGUGAUGUUGGCUAUUUGGACGCCAACGGCUACUUGGUAAUUGUGGACCGGCUCAAGGACGUGAUAAAAUACAAGGGGUUCCAGGUCAGUCCCAGCGAGCUUGAAGAGGUGCUGUUCCAGAACCCCGCCAUUCGAGACGUUGGCGUGACAUCGGUGUGGGACGACGCCCUGGCCACGGAGCUGCCGUGCGCCUUUGUGGUGCCGCGUACGGGCAAGGGCACGGACGCUCUGGCCACGAGCAUUAAGAAUAUGGUGGCGAGCAAAGUGUCUGGUUACAAGAAGCUGACCGGUGGAGUGUAUUUUGUGGAUGAGCUACCGCGCAACCCAACGGGCAAGUUGCUGCGGCGGGAGCUGCGCAAGCUUGCGCAGACGAAGGCGCUGUUAUAG